CGUGAGAGAGAUAGAUAGAUAGAUAGAUAGAUAGAUAGAUAGAUAGAUAGAUAAAUAGAUAAAUAGAUAGAUAGAUAGAUAGAAAGAGGGAGAGAGAGAGAGAGAGAGAGAGAGAUAGAUAGAUAGAUAUCGUGAUAGAACGUGAGGAAAGAACGACGAAGUUUAGGGUUGUCGCGAGUGCGCGUGGGUGGGCGAGGCGUGUGCACACGGUGCGAGAGAAGAGGAGAGUGUCGCUAACGAGUAAGAUUCUUUACGAGAAGUUGUUGAAGGACGGUGGAGACGAAACGAGACGGCAACAGCAACGACAACGGCAACGGUAAUAACGACAACUGCGACAACCAUCAUGAGCGACGACAGGAGUGAGGACGAUCCUAUAAUGGAUCUUUGGUAUAGUAAUUGGGAACAACAGUGCGUCGAGGCCCUCGAGGCUGAACCGGAAUAUGAAAAUCAACUGCACAACGUCAAGGAGAUCUAUUCGCAGCAGAUGUGGACGAGCUUCCAGACGACGGCGUCGGCCAUCGCCCAACUUUAUAAAGAUCGUACUCAGGGUGUCUCACUAUGGCUACCCUUCCAGACAGCUGCGGGUACCGUCACGUCAUUGUACAAAGAUUCGGUCGAUAGUAUGCGACGGUGCAGUGAACUAGGGAUAGAAACAGGAAAACAGAAACGUAGCAAAGAAAUAAUGAACUGGGCUAGGAAAAAGAGGCGCAUGAUCCGUAGAGAAGAUCUUUUAGCGUAUCUUGCUGGUAAACCACCUCCACCAAGACCACACUCGCACAGAAGUUCUCCGAAGCCAAGGAUGAUGGUAUGCGGUUCUUCUCCUUCGCAAAGUCCUACGCAAAGUAUGGUAGUGUCACAAACUUCGACACCUGGAAUAGAUUUGGAUCCCGAAUUACACACAUUUAGAGAAGCGAUUGCAUUGUCUGGCUCAUCAGUGUCUAGACGUACCGGAAGGCAAGCAGAAUUAUCCGCUUUUAUAAGCAACGAAUUUGCUCGGCAUCACAAACGACCUGCUUCGCAUGAUGUGGAUAUGGGAUCUCCUACGCACAAACGUUCGCGUUUCAUGUAACGGCGCGCGACGUGUAAAGUAGCCUCACUCCCUUGUUCCCUAUUAAUUAAUCAAUUGAUCAAUUAAUUACUAAUGGUUCAGCUCCCCUACGUGGUUCUCCCAUUUAGGAGUAAUCGUUUCGAUACAACGGCAGUGGUUUACAUUGUCGCGCGAGUACGUUCGUCCGUAUCUCGGUAAUCUUCCAAUAAAGUCACGAUUCUUCUUUAACUCCAAGAUAAUUCUAUAUUUUUGGAGUUACGCGACAUAGGAAGAUAUUGAAAUUGUGCCGUACCAAAAAGUGAUAUUUAUAUUUAGUUAAGGUCUUGUUUUUUCGAUCUUAUGUUUGAAUCGACUAUAUAUAUAUAUAUAUAUAUAUAUAUAUAUAUAUAUAUAUAUAUAUAUAUAUGUGUGUGUAUAUAUAAAAGAAGGAAAAAGGAAAGAUCUUUCUUUCUCUCGUGUCCUGUUGUGUCGUGUCGUGUCAUGUCGUGUCGUAUCGUGUCGUCGUCGUCACGUCUCAUCACAUCUUGUUAUUUGUUUUUGUUUGUAAAUUAUUGUUUUGCUAAUAUAUACGUAAAUAUUUACCGACGAUCACCAACGAACGUACGGCGAUACUAUUCAAAGUGCCCAUGCAGAGAAAAGAUCACGUUGCGUUUAAGUACGAUAAGUUUAUAUACGAGACUAUAUAGUUUUAUGAAGUCGACGAAAAUAUUAAGCACUUUGUCAAAAGUUUUGAAGAAAUGUAGAGAGGGAAGAAAAAAAAAAAAAAGAAAAUAUUGCUUUAAUAUAUUGUACACAUGAAAUUGUGUAUACGAAAAUAUUUAGCGCAAUCAUAAUGGAAAUUAAAAAAUUUUUCAAACAUAUAAUAACAACUUGUUGGAAAAGUUUGGAUGAAAUUUUUCAUAUUACGACGAUUGACAUUUUGUAGUUAUUUUACUGCCCAACGUCGUAAUCACGAGAAGAAAGGGGGGACAAGGAGAAUAUGUGAUCGUAAAAUAUUAUUUCAUAACCCAAAGGAUCGUUAGCUCUACUGAUCUUAAUAUUGUUAUAAUUAUUAUGCGGUUAUAGAUAAAUUUGAAAGAAAUUUGGACAUUUUUUAACACAAUAAAAAUAUUAUUUUAUACAGUUUUGUUGGCGAUAGAUAGAAGUCAAAGUAAAAUAAUGAGAGGAAGAUUAUAAGUUGAGAAGAAAAAAAUCUGGGAAGGUUUAAGAAGAAAGAAAGAAAAAUGAAGAUUUAAAAAUGUAUUGAUAAUAUUCAGAAUUGUCGGUAUAAUGUUAGUGUUUCGGAUAAACAUCGUCAACGUCAAAGAGAGUAAUUCAUAUAUAUUGUUGAUUGUACCUUCCGUACGUCCGAAACGAGUUCGAAGCUAUUUUUUAUGUAGUAUAUACACUACUCAUCGUUGUUUUUAAACUCGUUUCUUCUCCAGAUGCGUUAUUUUUUUCACAUUUAUCAAUGGCAAACUCUCUCGCAUUGUUAUGUACGAUACGUUGGAAAGAACAGAAACAGAUAGAGAAUCGUUGUCAUUUGUUUAUUAUAUAUUCAAUGAUUUUUUCUUUUCUUUUUCUUUUUUCUUUUUUUUUCUUUUUUUUUCUUUUUUUUCUUUUUUUUUCUUUUUUUUUCUUUUUCUUUUUUUCUUUUUUGAUCUAUGAAAAUCAUAAAAACAAAAGCAACGAUUUGCCCGAAAAAAUUCACAAAGUUUUAAGAUCUGUGUUCUAUUUUUUCCAUGCGUAUCGGGUGCUCGUAAUCAUAUUUUUUACCGUCGACCGAAAUAUUUCAUUAUCAUGGGGGAAUAGUGGUGAUCGUGAAAUUGAAAUUGAUUAGAAAUAAGAAUAAGCUGCCAUCAAAGAGAUAGAGAAAAAAAAAAGAAAAAUUAACAACAACAACAAAACACCGAGAUUGGUUUAAAGCCAAUAUGUGUAAAACGAAGAACGCUUUAUAAACUCUUUCCUUUUGAUCCGUCAUCGAUCGUAUCAGAUUCCCGUCAAACGUUGAUUCUAUACGAUCGAAACGACAGAACAGAAUAGUUGAUUUAUUUUUGUUGGUAUGUAACAUAGGCUAGAAAUAGAAGAUGGAAUUCGCGCGUCAAGGUCUUCGUCAAGGUAUCACGAUAGGAUUUAAUAUUUCUCUAAACGUCUUGUCUUAUCUGUCAAAUAUUUCGGAGCAUUAUAAAUAACCAAUUUGUCUCCCUCAUUCAACGAACGAGUUCUUCGCAAUCUCUUCGGCGUAGACCUUGUCUCGACGAACCUGAGACAUUCUGGUGCAAUUAUGUAUAGAUAAAAAAAAAAAAAAAAAACGAAAAAAAAAAACAAAAAAAAACACAACACAUGGUUGAGACUGUUGUCCACGUUUGCGACGAUAUUGCGAUGAAAGACUUAUGUAUACGGAGUGUCCGCGUUCACACCGUUUGUAAGUUAAUUGUAAAUGUAAAUUAUUUUUAGGUACUACCAUGCCACAUAAACACAGACACACUCAUACACAUACGUAUAACAGCUUCUAUGUGAAUUUUGUGAAGACGCAAACAAGUCCGUGAGAGAGAGAAAACGAGAUCAUAAGAUUUCUUGAAACUUCUCAGUAUAUUCGGUCUUCGAAAAUUCACGUAGAAGCUCUUUCUCUCUCUGUCUCUCUGUCUCUCUCUCUCUUUCUCUCUUUCUCUCUCUCCUCUCUCUCUUUCUCUCUUCUCUCUUUCUAUCUCACAUACUUUCGUUUUCGUUAUUAUGCCCUCACCUGAAGAGAAGAGAUGCAUCGUUUUGGGUGCCGUUUCGAAUUCGUUUGUAAAUAUAGCGUAUACUAAUAAUGAUAACGAUAAACGAUAGCCUUAGGGAUAUUGCUAAUAUUAUUAUCACUAUUAAUAUUAACUACUAUAUGCGAUAGCUUUAAUAUUAAUAUUUAUCAUGCGACCGACAGUUAAUAAAAUACCAAGGACAUUAUGCCUGUGACUCCUUUUCUGACCAAUAAUGGUUGUAUAACAACACGUUGAAAUUUAUGUUAAAGAAUAUCUUCGAGACUCGACGGAGAAUAAUAUAUUGUUCUUAUUAAAUGAGACUAAAGAAAAAGGAAAAGAAAAAAAACGACAAAACAAAAAAAAAUUCUAAAAAAAAAAAAAAAAAAGAAAAAAACAAAUUAGAAAAAAUUUUUUAUACCCUCCUAACUUAUUAUAAUAUGAUAAUCGAUCUCGUGUAAGAAGGCGGGCCGAUUCGAUUAUAAGGAGAGAAUAGAGAAGAAAGUAAUUGUAACGAAACGAUGCCAUACUUACAUAUGUGUAUAUAUAUAUAUAUGUAUAUAUAUAUAUACACAUACAUAUAUAUAUAUAUAUCUACACAAAUAUAUAUAUUUUAAAUGAUAAGAGAGCAGUAGAAGAGCAAAUCGAUCGAAACGAUCGGCAAUACCAUUUUGUAUAUAUAAAACUUAAUCGUUAUUUUCCUUUCCUUUCCUUUCUAAACAAUUCUGAAUUGCAUGAUCAAGAUGUCUGUGCCCGUACGUUAAAAUAAGAAGAGAAGAAAGACAAGAGAGAAAUCGUUUGAAUCGUUUGAUCUUGAGAUAUUGGCUAUUUCGAAUAUGCGACAUAAACAUAGAAAUGAUAUAAUAAUAAAUAAUAUAUUGCCGAUCGUGCAUGGGAGAGACGACACUUCGAGGUCGGCGAAAAGAAUUUUCCCACGAGUAACUCGUUAGAGCUUUCCCUUUCUCAUGGAGAGUUUAUCUCUACUCGCUAAUCUGCAACGAGUACCGUACGAUGCGUCUGAUCCGCUUAGUAAAAUCAAGUUUAUAUAUAUAUAUAUAUAUAUAUAUACAUACUAAUUUAACUUUUUUUGUUUUGUAAAAUUCUAAAUUAUACAAUUUUAUUUUCAUAAUCGUCGUAUCUAUUAACCCUCUCAAUGGCAUCUAACAUCUAUUUUCUUUCUAUCCAACAACAUAAUUAGAUAAUAUAUGAAAAAUGUAUAAUUUAUAAUAUAACUUAUUGAGUUCAUUAAGUUAUAUAUUUAGCAAACAUUAAUAAUUGGAUAUAGAUGAACAAUUUUAAUUGUAAAAAAAAAAAAAAAUAAGAUUUUUCAAAUAGUUAUGUGUGAUAAUAAAAUUACAUGAUGACUCAUAGAGGGUUAAGAAAAACAUCUAAGAUAAACGAAUACGAAAUUAAAAGAAAAAAAAUGUUAAAGGUCGAAGAUCGGCGCUCGAGCACAGGCAAUAACAAAAAGCAAAAAAAAUAUAUAUAUAUAUAAUGGAAUAUUUCUUUAUAAUCGAGGCGUUAUAUAUUCGUUCCAAAGAUCCAGAGAUCUGAUGAAAAUUUUCACACGCGGAAAACGCUUCCCUUAUGUGCGAUUCUCACACGACGACAACGAAAAAACGGAAGAGCGUUUUAUUCACGUGUCGCUUUUUUUCUAAGAAUCUUUCUUUUUCUCUUCGUUCCGGUGCACAUUACUAUACAACGUAAUGUGAUCUCGUGAUAAUAUAUAUGUAUAUAUAUAUAUAUAUACAUAUAUAUAUCACACACAUUUUCUUUGCGCGAACAUAAACGUGUUUAACGCGUUACGUUCGAGGCGAAAAAUGGUGCUGUUAUAUUCUUCAUAUGUAAGAAGCUUGUAUAUUUUUGCGUCUCUCAUUUGUAAGAUAAUGAUUUACAAAUAAAACGCGAGGAAAAUGUAAGUACAUGAA